CGCAGCCCGGCCGGGAGAGAUGAGCGCCGAGGCGGGCGAGGGCAUCACUUUCUCCGUGCCACCCUUCGCCGAGGGCGGCAGCUGCCGGAGGGGAGGAGCGGCGGCGCCGGCCGAGGGCCCGGAGAGCCAACUACCACCGCCGCCGCCGGGCAGCUUCUGGAACGUGGAGAGUGCCGCCGCCCCGGGCGCCGGCUGUCCGGCUGCCACCUCUGCGAGCAGCGCCACCCGGUGCCGGGGCAGCUCUGGUGGCGGAGGCGGCCGACGGACCACGGUGGCUUAUGUGAUCAACGAAGCGAGCCAGGGGCAGCUGGUGGUGGCCGAGAGCGAGGCCCUGCAGAGCCUGCGGGAGGCGUGCGAGACGGUGGGCGCCACCCUGGAGACCCUGCAUUUUGGCAAACUGGACUUCGGGGAAACCACGGUGCUGGACCGCUUUUACAACGCAGAUAUUGCUGUGGUGGAGAUGAGUGAUGCCUUCCGGCAGCCGUCCUUGUUUUACCACCUGGGAGUGAGAGAAAGUUUCAGCAUGGCCAACAACAUCAUCCUCUACUGUGAUAAUAAUUCAGACUCUCUGCAGUCACUGAAGGAAAUCAUUUGCCAGAAGAAUACUAUGUGCACUGGGAACUACACAUUCGUCCCUUACAUGAUAACUCCACAUAACAAGGUCUACUGCUGUGAUAGCAGCUUCAUGAAAGGGUUGACAGAGCUCAUGCAACCGAACUUCGAGCUGCUUCUGGGACCCAUAUGCUUACCUCUUGUGGACCGUUUCAUUCAGCUUCUGAAGGUGGCACAAGCAAGUUCUAGCCAGUACUUCCGGGAAUCUAUACUCAAUGAUAUCAGGAAAGCUCGUAAUUUAUACACUGGUAAAGAAUUGGCAGCUGAAUUGGCAAGAAUUCGGCAGCGAGUAGACAAUAUUGAAGUCUUGACAGCAGAUAUUGUCAUAAACCUGUUACUUUCCUACAGAGAUAUCCAGGACUAUGAUUCUAUUGUGAAGCUGGUAGAGACGUUAGAAAAACUGCCAACUUUUGAUUUGGCUUCCCAUCACCAUGUGAAGUUUCAUUAUGCAUUUGCACUGAAUAGGAGAAACCUCCCUGGAGAUAGAGCAAAAGCUCUUGAUGUUAUGAUCCCCUUGGUGCAAAGUGAAGGGCAGGUUGCUUCAGAUAUGUAUUGCCUAGUUGGUCGAAUCUACAAAGAUAUGUUUUUGGACUCUAAUUUCCUGGACACUGAGAGUAGAGACCAUGGAGCUUCUUGGUUCAAAAAGGCAUUUGAAUCUGAGCCAUCACUACAGUCAGGAAUUAAUUAUGCAGUCCUUCUCCUGGCAGCUGGGCACCAGUUUGAAUCUUCCUUUGAGCUCCGGAAAGUUGGAGUGAAGCUGAGUAGCCUCCUUGGUAAAAAGGGAAACUUAGAAAAACUCCAGAGCUACUGGGAAGUUGGAUUUUUUCUGGGUGCCAGUGUCUUGGCCAAUGAUCACAUGAGAGUCAUCCAAGCAUCUGAAAAGCUUUUUAAGCUGAAGACACCCGCAUGGUACCUCAAAUCUAUUGUAGAGACAAUUUUGAUAUAUAAGCAUUUUGUGAAACUGACUACAGACCAGCCUGUGGCCAAACAGGAGCUCGUGGACUUCUGGAUGGAUUUCCUGGUUGAAGCCACAAAGACAGAUGUUACCGUAGUUAGGUUUCCAGUAUUAAUAUUAGAACCAACCAAAAUCUAUCAGCCUUCAUAUUUGUCUAUCAACAAUGAAGUUGAGGAAAAGACCAUAUCUAUUUGGCACGUGCUUCCUGAUGACAAGAAAGGUAUACAUGAGUGGAAUUUUAGUGCUUCUUCUGUCAGGGGAGUGAGUAUUUCUAAAUUUGAAGAACGAUGCUGUUUUCUUUAUGUGCUUCAUAAUUCUGAUGAUUUCCAAAUCUACUUCUGUACAGAACUUCAUUGUAAAAAGUUUUUUGAAAUGGUGAACACCAUCACUGAAGAGAAGGGGAGAAGCACAGAGGAAGGUGAUUGUGAAACUGACUCCCUGGAGUAUGACUAUGAAUAUGAUGAGAAUGGUGACAGAGUCGUUCUAGGGAAAGGCACUUAUGGGAUCGUCUACGCAGGCCGAGACCUGAGCAACCAAGUCAGAAUCGCUAUAAAGGAAAUCCCAGAGAGAGAUAGCAGAUACUCUCAGCCUCUACAUGAAGAAAUAGCAUUGCAUAAGCAUCUGAAGCACAAAAAUAUUGUCCAGUAUCUGGGCUCUUUCAGUGAGAAUGGUUUCAUCAAAAUCUUCAUGGAGCAGGUCCCAGGAGGAAGUCUUUCUGCUCUCCUUCGUUCCAAAUGGGGCCCAUUGAAGGACAAUGAGCAAACAAUUGGCUUUUAUACAAAGCAAAUACUUGAAGGAUUAAAAUACCUCCAUGACAAUCAAAUAGUCCACCGAGAUAUAAAGGGCGACAACGUGUUGAUUAAUACCUAUAGUGGUGUUCUCAAGAUCUCGGACUUCGGGACAUCAAAGAGGCUCGCUGGCAUAAACCCAUGUACUGAAACUUUUACUGGUACUCUUCAGUACAUGGCACCAGAGAUCAUAGACAAAGGACCACGAGGCUACGGGAAAGCAGCAGACAUCUGGUCUUUGGGCUGCACAAUCAUCGAAAUGGCCACAGGGAAACCACCUUUCUAUGAACUGGGAGAACCACAAGCAGCUAUGUUCAAGGUGGGAAUGUUUAAAGUCCACCCGGAGAUUCCAGAGUCCAUGUCAGCAGAGGCCAAGGCAUUCAUACUGAAGUGUUUUGAACCAGACCCUGACAAGAGAGCCUGUGCUAACGACUUGCUUAUUGAUGAAUUCUUAAAAGUUUCAAGCAAAAAGAAAAAGACACAACCUAAGCUUUCAGCCCUCUCAGCUGGAUCAAAUGAGUAUCUUAGAAGCAUAUCCUUGCCGGUGCCUGUCCUGGUGGAAGACACGAGCAGCAGCAGCGAGUACGGCUCGGUUUCCCCCGACACGGAGUUAAGGGUGGACCCCUUCUCUUUCAAAAUGAGAGCCAAAUCCUGUGGAGAGAGAGAUGUAAAAGGAAUACGGACACUCUUUUUGGGCAUUCCGGAUGAAAAUUUUGAAGACCACAGUGCUCCCCCUUCCCCUGAAGAAAAAGAUUCUGGAUUCUUUAUGCUGAGAAAGGACAGUGAGAGACGGGCCACCCUUCAUAGGAUCCUGACUGAAGACCAAGACAAAGUCGUGAGAAACUUAAUGGAAUCUUUGGCCCAGGGGCCUGAAGAACCUAAGCUAAAAUGGGAACAUAUCACAACCCUCAUCGCAAGCCUCAGAGAGUUUGUGAGAUCCACUGACCGAAAAAUCAUAGCCACCACACUGUCCAAGCUGAAGCUGGAACUUGACUUUGACAGCCAUGGCAUUAGUCAAGUACAGGUGGUGCUCUUCGGCUUUCAGGAUGCUGUCAAUAAAGUUCUUCGGAAUCAUAAUAUCAAGCCACACUGGAUGUUUGCCUUAGACAGUAUCAUCCGAAAGGCAGUGCAGACGGCCAUUACCAUUCUGGUUCCAGAACUGAGGCCACACUUCAGCCUUGCAUCUGAGAGUGAUACCGCUGAUCAAGAAGACUUGGAUGCAGAAGAUGACCAUGAAGAGCAGCCUUCCAGCCAAACUGUCCGAAGACCUCAUGCUGUCAUUGAAGAUGCUGUGGCUACCUCAGGGGUGAGCACGCUCAGUUCUACUGUAUCCCACGACUCCCAGAAUGCUCACCGCUCACUCAAUGUGCAGCUCGGAAGGAUGAAAAUAGAAACUAAUAGACUACUGGAAGAAUUGGUUCAGAAAGAGAAAGAAUUACAGGCACUCCUUCAUCAAGCAAUUGAAGAAAAAGACCAAGAAAUUAAACAUCUGAAACUUAAGUCCCAACCAAUAGAGAUUCCGGGAUUGCCAGUAUGCCCCCGGGAUUCUCCUGGCACAAAUACUGAAGAAUCUGAACUUACUGAGUGGCUGAGAGACAAGGGAGCUGAUGAAGACACUAUAAGUCGGUUUUUGGCUGAGGAUUAUUCACUAGAGGAUGUUCUCUACUAUGUUACACGUGAUGAUUUAAAAUGCCUGAGACUAAGGGGAGGGAUGCUCUGCACACUGUGGAAGGCCAUCACCGACUUUCGAGACACACAGGCUUGACUGUAUCGCUUAGUUUGUUUCCAGCCUUCCUUGGAGAUUAUAACAGACAGAACUGAUCUUCGCAGGGGAGGGAGAAUCUAAGGGAGAGGAGAAAGAAGCUGCACUUUAAAUCCAGUAUUUGUUUACUUGUGUUAAAAACAAACAAACAAAAAGACAAAAUACACUGAAAUUUCCUAACUGCUUCUAUUUCUACAAUUCAUAAGGACUCUUUGUAAGGACUUUUCAAAAAUAAUCCCAAACGUUAGGGAUGCUUGGGAUUAUUUCAUUCUAAACAUUUUUAUGGAAAUAUUUUUACCUUAGCAGCUGUUGCACUUCGGCCAAAUGUCUCUUUUACACGAAACAGAUACAACAUUUCAUGUGAUUGUGCAUCACUGGAACAAAACCAAAAUGUGACCAUGACUUUUUAGGCUUAUGUGUGUUUGUAAGAUACUCUUAGUAGAAAUGCAUAAUUUGAAUUAUUGUGUAAAGUUUAUGUUUGUUUUUUUUUAAGUGUGCAGAAUCUGAGAAGCAAUGGUUUUUACUUAUCUGUAUUAAUUGUAAUAUUGACUCUAUUUUGUAACUUAAAUUUCUAGCCCAUAGUACCUUCAUCUGAGUUGUUUAUGUACUACUGAACUGUACCAGUUGCACAUGCCUGAAUCAUAGUAACGUUAGCUUGUUCUAAAGCUAUCCAUUGUGUCAUAUUUACUCUAAAAAGUAAAAAGACUCUUAACAUAAUGUUUGAUAGAUUCUGAAGAAAUUCUUACUUUGUUUUGACAAACCAGAUAAACUACUGCGUCAAA